AUUGGAACAUGUGGGUGGUCCUAAAGCCACAUGAAGCUCAGUGAGCUGGGACUCGUGGAUCCUCCAGGCAUUCUGGUUCAGCUUGGGAUUCUGAGGAACCACAUUCGUCUGGGUGGUGUUGAAGCUAGGGACUGCAGCUGUCUGCAGAAGGAAUGGCACCGACCAGCACGUAGGCCUUAGGGCACUUCUCCAGAAACCAUCCUAAAGCCACAUGAAGCUCGGUGAGCUGGGACUCGUGGAUCCUCCAGGCAUUCUUGUUCAGCUUGGGGUUCUGAGGAACCACAUUGGUGAGGAUGAAAGUGGCGUUGCGACUAGGGACUGCAGGAGAGAAGGAAAAGAAGGACAAGCUUAAAGUUUCUCAGUCCAAAGAAAAGAUGGGAGCCUCGAUGAGUCAAAAAGUGGUGGUUUAUAUCCCAAAGAUACAGGGGCUACGAUACAUCCGCACCCUGGCGCGGCAUCACCAAGAUGAGUUGGAGUUAUUAAACCUCCGUAAAGUUUGUUUGGCGGUGACACAAGAGAUUAAAAACAAUCGCUCUUGUGUGUCCUGUGCGGCACUGGACACCGUGGUAUAUUUGUGUGUUCACCUCAAAGAGAGGAUGGACAGAGCAGCUGAUUUAACCUGUGAGAGUCUACUCCAGGUGUUUGCAAGGGCAAAUGCCAAUGAGUUCAUUCAGCAACAUGCCCACGAAGCUCUGACAGCUCUGGUUCAUCAUUGUAGCCCGAGUCGCUUUAUAACUAGCCUGAAGAAGCAUGGUUUGAAACAUAAGAGCGUUCUCGUGAGAGCUGGUGCCGCACUGGGGCUUCUUAUGAUCAAUGAAUUCAUGGGAGCGGAGAAAGUUCUGUCUGCAGGACAGACUUUCACCAAAUACUUCCUGUUGGCUGUCAGUUUAGUGUGUCAGGAUGCUUCCUCUGAAGUCAGAGCUCAUGGAAAGGCCAUCUUAAAAGACCUGGUCAAACAGAAGAACUUCAAAAAGAUGUGGGUAGAAAGCGUCUCGCAUAAAUCCCGCUGUGAGGUGGAAGGAAGACUCAGAGACGUAUUUCAGAAAUAGACACAGAAAUUUCCCACAUCACGUCUGCUUCAGGUAAGUAUGUAUUUCAUUUAAAUAUUUAAUAUAACAUUUACAGUAAUUAAAUAUUUAAUAUGCAUAAAAAACACUCACUUAUUCACCAACCGGUCGAGGCAGAUGGCCGCCCUCCCUGAGCCUGGUUCUGCCAGAGGUUUCUUCCUGUUAAAAGGGAGUUUUUCCUCUCCACAGUCGCUCAUAGGGAUCAAUUGGGUACAAUAACUUUGUUGCUUUUUGGUCCGUCACAUUGAUCAAAAAGCAACAUGUUCUUAAUAGAGUGGCAAGUGAGUGUUUUACAUUUUCCAUCUGUGAACGGUAGCUUCUACCACUCAUUUAUUAAUUUGGCACAAAAUAAAGAAACUUUAAAAAACAACAAAUGUUCUUGUCUGUCUUCAAGUUAUUUUCAAUAAACAAA